AUGGGUAAUGGCAGCAGUACCGAGAUGAUACGACGUUGCGUGGGGCUGGAGAUCGCCCCACCAGUAGUUAAAUCGCUCGCCGGUGCGACACAACACGUUUUCGAGGCGGUAGAAGCGAGGACCAAGGCGAUGGAUCUUCCUCCUGGGCUAGACGCUGUACACGUGGCUCAGGCGCUCGGAGAAGGGCGUGGAAGCCAAGCCGAUCUAGUUGUAGCCAUCAUGGAAACCAAGGGAAAUGGACGAAUCGACGUCUACGAGAUGCUCGCCGUGUUGACGAUGUACGGGAAGAUUCCCGCUCGAUUGAAAGUGAAAAACCUUUUCGAUCUGUUCGACCUCGACGUCGACGGCAAGCUCAAUUCCUCCGAGGCGAUCGUCAUGCUCAGGUCACUGUUACACGGAAUAGCGAAAUCAACGGGUGGUGUGUUGCCAAACAUCUCUGAUAUCGAGGCUAUCUGGCAACACAUCGUACGACUUGGCUACACCGAUGAAGAAGAGCGGUUGCCGUUCGCGAGGUGGAUAACUUUCUGUUCCAAGACCCGCGAAGUUCAUGCUCUGGGGAAGUCCCUUGACUUUAGCAAAGGGGUUUGUCGGAAGUCUCUGACGUCGGGAACAAGGGCAACGCUUUCUGCGAUGGUCCUGGGAGAAGACGACGCCGUUAUGGCGGCUCAACGAGCCGCACUCACGAAGAAGCCCCAGGAGCGAGCAUCGGUAGCCGUAGAGAAGAAGAGAGCGGCGGCGGCAGCGAGGGAGGGCAGGAACAGGUUCGCGCGGUCCAGCAUUAUGAAGAUCAAGGAGGUGUUCGACAGCGUUGACAAGGACGGCAGCGGCUACGUCGACGAAGAAGAGUGGCGGCGACUGACCGAAGACACCCCGCUGGCUGCCUCGGAUGACACCUUCCUCUUCAUCGAACGGGAACGAGAGGGGAAAAUAUCGAUCGUGGAAGUUCUGUGUGAACUUCACCCAUUCGCUGGUGAUGCGGACCUGGCGAAGAUGCUGGAGUGGAUAAGCGAGGAGACUACACAACAGGGAGCGGCGAGAAAAGUGAACCGGGAGUUAGCCGUCGCCGAGCGUUUGGAGAUGGCGGAGCUCUUUAGUAUCUACGACACGGAAGGAAAUGGGGAGAUGCCACUGAGCGAAUUGGCCACGGCCAUGGGCGACAUAGUGGGCCUCACGAAAGAGGACGUGAUACCCAUGUUUUCGCAGUCGGGGAGAACGGAAGAGGAUUAUAUCACCGCAUCGGACUUCGCUGACACUCUGAUGGAGUUCGUGAACGCUGAUUCCAGCAUACAGUCCCUUAUUCACGCAAUCUGAGACAAAACACGCCCUGCGUACAUUUGUCGAACUACCGGCGGAAAGUCUGCAUGAAAAGUGGGUCGUCUGACCGGUUUUGGGGUCUCGCCUAGGGAGGGAUUGCUCGGAAGACUGCACUCAGCCAAGGUUAGGAACGAUACCACUAGGUACUUACUCAGUGAACGAAACUGAAACGAAAACAAAAGUUCCUUGCAGCCAUCAGUGGUAUACGGAAAUAGCUCACAAAGUUUUAGUGUGUUACAUUUCACGUACGAAUAUCUGGAAGGAGGCUGAUUCGCACGGUGAACUAUUGGGCAGGAAUGGUUGGCACGUAGAUUUCGUUUCCUUACGGCUAGUCGUUUCCCACCGCAACGCGCCCUGUUGACGUAUAAACGUUAUCAGUUGUCUGUCGAUCUUGUGCAUGCUGAUCAUCCUACUUGUGUGUAUCGCCCCUGGGAGCCAAUCGUUGGUGUCCACCAGCAUUGUACCAGUAUUGUGCUGGAAGCUCGUGGGCCAUCUGAGGAAAGGCAAUAAUGACCCUUUCUUCUCGGGCAUAGCCUCUCCUGUGGGCCACCUGGAAUCGUUGCUUUUAGCUCAGUCGCCUCAUGAAGCGGAUUGUUAUCUGAACUGUAUAUUUCGCGCUCUCACAUGCUCUUGAUAAA